UUUAUUUUGCGCCAGAUGGCCUGCAACCAUGAAGCAGAUCUCGUUCCGGUUAUUUUAGUUACAAUUAUUGACUAUUUUUCCGAUGGACCGCUGUUGCUAUGCAAGAGAAAGCCUUGUUCCCUCAAAGUCGAGACAACAGCUGAUCAAGAACAAUCUGAAUAUUUUAUUUUAUUUCAUAUGUGUGUCUAUAAUCAGUUGAAAAAGGGACAAACAGUUACUUGCUCCAAUAUUUGGCGUUCUAAGUUUCCUCUUUCUCUUUGUGAUACAUACUCCAACUUCUAUCUUCUUGUAUCUGACUCGAAAACAAUGAUAGUUUCUCAUGCCACUGAGUCAGGCUCUCCCUCGCUUAGUGAAUGCAGUUUUGUAAAGAAUCCAUUUAAUUUAUUUGAGGCAAUGAUAAACGAAUUUAAUCUGCAGCCAGAUGACAUAAUUUGGCUCAUGGAUCUAUGGAUAACUUUAGAGGAUGUUAGAGCACUCAUAAUCAACUCUAUGGACCUAUUUAACGUGAGCUAUUGUGACAAUUUAUCUUGCUUUAUGCUAUUUUGUGACUACAUCUCUUAG